GGCCAGCCCCGAGCCCCACGCCGGCAACAGCCAUGAGCACUUCACGGAAGGACCAUCUGGGCACCAGCAGCUCCGAGCCCCUCGCGGUGAUCGUCAUAGGCAAUGGCCCCUCUGGCAUCUGCCUGUCCUACCUGCUGUCAGGCUACACCCCCUACGUGAAGCCAGAUGCCAUCCACCCGCACCCCCUGCUGCAAAGGAAGCUCUCGGAGGCUCCGGGUGUCUCCAUCCUGGACCAGGACCUGGAUUACUUGUCCGAAGGCCUCGAAGGCCGCUGCCAGAGCCCCGUGGCCCUGCUCUUUGAUACCCUCCUGCGCCCAGACACAGACUUUGGGGGCACCACGGAGUCCGUCCUCACUUGGAAGCACCAGAAGGAGCGAGCCAUCCCCCACGUGGUCCUGGGCCGGAACCUUCCGGGGGGAGCCUGGCAUGUGAGUGGGGACGGGAGGGACCAGGGCCAGUGGAUGGGGCUCCCAGACCUGCAGGUCAAGGACUGGAUGCAGAAGAAGCGCAGGGGUCUUCGCAACAGCCGGGCCACGGCCGGGGACAUUGCCCACUACUACAGGGACUACGUGGCCCAGAAGGGUCUGAGCCACAACUUUGUAUCUGGUGCCGUGGUCACAGCCGUGGAGUGGGGACCGCCUGAGCCCCGCAGCCCCACUGCCCGGGACCCCGGGCCCCUCUUCCAGGUGAGCGGUACCCUGAGCCGGGACCACGGCCGCCAGCCCUUCUCGCUGUGGGCCCGCAACGUGGUCCUGGCCACGGGCACCUUCGACAGCCCGGCGCGGCUGGGUGUCCCCGGGGAGGCCCUGCCCUUCGUCCACCACGACCUGUCGGCCCUGGAGGCCGCCACGAGGGCAGGCGCAGUGACCCCGGCCUCCGAUCCGGUCCUCAUCGUGGGCGCAGGGCUGUCGGCGGCCGACGCGGUGCUCUUGGCCCGCCACUGCGGCAUCCCGGUGAUCCACGCCUUCCGCCGGCCGGUGGACGACCCCGGCAUGGUGUUCAACCAGCUGCCCAAGAUGCUGUACCCCGAGUACCACAAGGUGCACCAGAUGAUGCGUGAGAGGUCCAUCCUGUCGCCCAGCCCCUACGCGGGCUACCGCAGCCUCCCUGGGCACCGACUGCUGCUUUUCAAGGACGACUGCCAGGCCGUGCUCCGGGACCCCGACGGCGCUGAGGCGGUCUUCGGGGUCUCCCUGGUGCUGGUCCUCAUUGGCUCCCACCCCGACCUCUCCUUCCUGCCCGGGGCCGGCACCCACCUGGCCGUGGACCCCGACCAGCCGCUGAGUGCCAAGCGGAACCCGGUUGACGUGGACCCCUUCACCUACCAGAGCGCGCGCCAGGAGGGCCUGUACGCCGUUGGGCCGCUGGCUGGGGACAACUUCGUGCGGUUCGUGCAGGGCGGGGCCCUGGCCGUGGCCAGCUCCCUGCGGAGGAAGGAGCCCCGGCAGCCACCCUAGGGGCCGGCCGCCGCUGCACCCGGCCCUGAGGAGGAGGGAGAUCACCACAGCCCUGCUGGACGCAGGGUCCGAAGCCGCCGCGGAGGGGCUGUGAGCCCGUGCCCUCAGCCUUGCGGCCAAGAGGAGGGGGCCCCAGGUGUCCUCGGCUCCCAGAGGCCCGAGGUGAGAACAGCAGCCGCAGACCAGGGUCUGCCCAGACCUAGGCUUUCCGGGGCAGCUGCCCAUGUGAGCUGGGAUCACCAGGGCCAGCUGAGCACCCCACCAGGAGGACUCCAACCUCGCUCCUUCCAGAAGCUGGUCCCAAAUAAAACCAGCACCUG